GUUGUUGACCAGAAAAUAUUUGACCAAAAAAAAGAUAAAAAGAAAAAUUCCAUUCCCGCCCAAAAUUCCCACCAUUUCUGAAUCUCUCCAUGGUUUUAAUUUUCCCUCUCUUUCUUCUUCCUGCAAAAUUUCCCUUUCUAGGGUUUCCUUAGCUUCCUACUUCACAAUCCAACCUACCAACAACCAUGCCCGACCUCGGGAAUCUUUCAUUAUCAGCUUCUAUCGCCCUUACCCACUGCCCUCCCGAUCCCAUUUCCUCUCCUUUCUCCAAUUCAGUCAAGGCCACUAUAGGUAUACAGAUUGAAGUUGGAGGUCAGGUCACAGAUGACGCUGCAAUUAAGGCAUUGAAGCGAACCAAUCGGACCAAGAAAGCUUCCACUGCUAAGGCUUUGCACGACCAUGUGAGAGAUUGGGUUAGCCGGAAGAAGGAAUCUGGUGUUCCCGAGUCUCGUUGUUCCCUGCCUUUUCUUGUUGGCGAGAACAAAAUGGUUGAAUGUGUUGUUUGUCAUUUUUUUAUAUACCCUGGAGAGGGGUUAGUGUGCUCAGUUCCUGAUUGUCGUGGUUGUUAUCACAUAAAAUGUGUGAAGAAGAACAAGCGAGGAACAUAUAAUGUGAAAAAGUUCAAGUGCCCACGACAUGUAUGCUUUCUUUGCAAGCUGAAGAAACCAAAUUGGCGUUGUGUUAAAUGCACAAUGGCUUCACACGAUAAGUGUGCAGCAUGGCCAGACGAAGUCAUCUCUUUGAAAGACCAGAAAGGGAAAGCUAUUUGUUGGAGGCACCCUGCAGAUUGGCGGCUCGGUCGGGAGAAUGCAGCUUCAACAAGCGACAUAGAGGAGGUGUUUUGUCGCUUGCCUCUGCCUUACAUUGAUGAGGAGUUCAAAAUUGACUGUACAUGGAAAGACACUGAUUAUAAGAUGGAGCCGCCCCCUUUCAUGCACAUUAGGCGUAACAUUUACCUUGUGAAGAAGAAGCGUGAUGAUGCUGAUGAUGGCACUGGAUGCACAAGUUGCAGCUCUGAAUGCUCUCAGAGUUGUGUUUGCAGAGUUCAAUGCAUAAGUUGCUCAAAGGCUUGUCGCUGCUCGGGAAAUUGCACAAACAGGCCUUUUCGUAAGGAAAAGAAGAUCAAACUUGUUAAGACUGAACAUUGUGGUUGGGGAGUAGAGGCAGCGGAAUCUAUUAACAAAGAUGAAUUUGUUAUUGAAUAUAUUGGUGAAGUUAUUGAUGAUGCUUUGUGUGAACAAAGGCUGUGGAACAUGAAAGACAAAGGCGUGCAUAAUUUCUAUAUGUGUGAAAUUAGAAAAGACUUCACAAUAGAUGCAACUUUUAAAGGGAACUUAUCUAGAUUUCUAAACCACAGUUGUAAUCCCAACUGUAUUCUGGAAAAGUGGCAGGUUGAUGGGGAAACACGCGUGGGUGUAUUUGCUGCUCGAUUGAUAAAAGUUGGAGAGCCAUUGACAUAUGAUUACAGAUUUGUGCAAUUUGGACCUGAGGUGAGGUGCCACUGUGGUGCUACCAAUUGCCAAGGCUAUCUUGGAACCAAAAAGAAAAUAGAUAAGGUUGAAUUAUUAAAAAGACAAGGCAGGCGAGCAAAGAUAUCACCAAACCCCCUUAUCUUCAGGGAUGUCCUCAGUGACUGGGGUUUGAAGCGCAAGAGAUCUUCAAUGCCUUUCAUAGAAGCUACUGUAAGUACUACUGUAUAGUUUGCAUCCACAAUUUAAUUCUUUCGGGGCUUAUCAAUUUUAUAUUAAUCAUUGCGGGAGAAAUGAAAACAAAAGAAAAGAAUUAGGAAUAAAAUGCUGGCUCGGGUAGUUGUCUAUCCCAUUGAGCUUUAGCUUUGUUUGAAGUCUAGUUUUCAUGUAGCAUCAUACCAUAUUGUAAUAAUGCAUUCUCUUCUAUUCCUUUUGAUAGGCCCUUAAAAAUUGUAAUAGAACUAGUAAAUUGACCUGUAUCUUAGUCUCCCAUCUGGCAUGGCCAUUUUCAUGUAUUGAAUACACCAAAAGACAGCACAUGCUAGCAAGUUUUCACAUUGAUUUUCUGCAAUUCAUUUGCAAUUUGUUGUAAUUUUAGAACUACUGUAACCAUAAGGAAUAAUGAUAUACAAGAACUACGCAGUUUAUUGCUUUGGUUA